UUGAUGUGAUAUUAGCACCCAGGACUUCAACCCACCAGCAUUGCCAGUAAACGGGUUUUACUGGUGGGGAUGCCUUGGGGUGCAUGCCCACCUCUCACUGGUCAGCAGCUGCUGCCAAAGGGCUGGAGCCUUGGUCUGAGCACAGCUGGGAAAGGUCGGCUAUGUCCUCUUUCGGAUGAGGUACCAGAGAAUCCCUGCAAAGCUCUGGCUUUGCACCAGAGCUGCUGCUGCAGCAGCCACGGCAGCAGGCAGGAACCAUCUCGGUCUAGCUGCAGCCCCGGCUGAGCAGCCCGUGCCCAGAGCUCAAUUAACUCAGCCCAAAUCCAGGCUGCAGGUCCCGGGCUGCAGCCAGCGGGAGCAGAAAUACUCUCCGUAGCUCUCCCUCUGCUUCUCACCCGCUGCCAGAGGUGCCUCCAGUCCCUUCCCCACUGGGAAACUGAUGCAGGGAUUGCAGUUUGUCCUGCUCCUGCGAGAAGAGGCAGAGAAAGUGGAGCGGCUGCAGCGAGCCCCCCCUUCCCCCGCGGAGGCUCCGGGAGCCUCAUCCCCGCCUUCAGCCCGCCCCGCCGGGCUCGCCGGGACCGGAGUUGGAGAUUGCUCCGGGAUAUUGCUCCGUCCCCCCCACCUCUCCUGCCUCAGUUUCCCCGCGGUUCCCCACCGGGGCGGCUCCUCCCGGUCCCCGCCCCGGCCCCGGCCCGAUGCCGGCCCCCGCCCCACCGCCGAGCAGCGGCCGCCGGGCCAUGGAGCUUAUCGAGCUGCGGGAGCUGCAGCCGGAGGCGCGGCCGGGCCGGGGCCGCCUGGAAAGAGCUAACGCGCUGCGCAUCAGCCCGGCCCGCCGGCCCGGCCCCGGGGCGCAUCCUGACCCGCGGCUGACGGCGGCACCGGGCGCCGGGCACCGCUUCGAGCCGCGGCGCCGCGGGCUGCACACCUGGUGCGAUCUCUGCGGGGACUUCGUCUGGGGCGGCGGCAGGAAGAGCCUCCAGUGCCGCCGUCUGUCCCCAGACUGCAGCUUCACCUGCCACUACCGGUGCCGGGCCCUGGUGCGGCUGGACUGCAAUGGCCCCCCAGGUGCUGGUGAUGAGGACAAUGGCAACGAGCACGUGUUGGAGAAAGACACCAAUGUGGAUGAGCCCAGCGAGUGGGAGAAGACAGAGCUGGACCAGGCGCAGGUGGAGCAGCGGAUCAAGGAGUACAACAGCCAGAUCAACAGCAACCUCUUCAUGAGCCUGAACAAGGACGGCUCCUACACCGGCUUCAUCAAGGUGCAGCUGAAGCUGGUUCGCCCUGUCUCGGUGCCGGCCACCAAGCGGGUCCCCUCCCUGCAGGCGGGGCGGCCGCACCCUCAAGGGGUGAAGCGCCGAACGUCCUUCUACCUGCCCAAAGGAACCGUCAAGCACCUGCACAUCCUCUCACACACACGUGUCAGCGAGGUCAUCGAUGCCCUCCUCCGCAAGUUCACCGUCAUCGACAACCCCCGCAAGUUUGCCCUCUUCGAGAGGUCUGAAAAGGAUGAACAAGUGUACUUGCGGAAACUGGGUGAUGACGAGCAACCCCUGCGGCUGCGGCUGCUGGCCGGCCCUAGCGAGAAGGUGCUGAGCUUCAUCCUGAAGGAGAACGAGACCGGAGAGGUGAACUGGGAUGCCUUCACACUGCCGGAGCUGCACAACUUCCUGCUGAUCCUGCAGCGGGAGGAGGAGGAGCACGUGCGCCGGCUGCGGCACCGCUACGCACGCUGCCGCCAGAAGAUGCAGGAGGCGCUGGCCACGCGCACCCCUGGGUGACCACGACGCUUGCACUCGAUGCCAGCCAGUGCAACAGGAGCCUCG